CGCCAGGGUGCAUUGUGGGAAGGAGGCGGCAGCGUCCCGGGCGGGCUGGAGGUGCAGCAGCGGUGGCGGCGGCGGUAAAUCCUCCCGGCCGCUCACAGCACUGUGGAGCCGCGGCCCCAGCCCGGCCUCGGCCCGCGCGCCCCUCCUGCCCCUCGCGGCUUCGCGAGUCAGCCCCUCCUCCGCGCGCGGCCUUGCGGAGCCGGCCGGCCGGCCCAGCUCCCCUCCCCGGCCCCGCGGGGCGGCCGUGCUGCCCUGACGAGGCGGGGAGGGGAGGGCUGGACCGGCCGGUGGCCGGGCGACCAUGCCGAACUUCUGCGCGGCCCCCAACUGCACACGGAAGAGCACGCAGUCGGACCUGGCCUUCUUCAGGUUCCCGCGGGACCCGGCCAGAUGCCAGAAGUGGGUUGAGAAUUGUAGGAGAGCAGACUUAGAAGAUAAAACACCUGAUCAACUAAAUAAGCAUUAUCGACUAUGUGCCAAACACUUUGAGACCUCUAUGAUCUGUAGAACUAGUCCUUAUCGUACAGUUCUUCGAGAUAAUGCAAUACCAACAAUAUUUGAUCUCACCAGUCAUUUGAACAAUCCACAUAGCAGACACAGAAAACGAAUAAAAGAAUUGAGUGAAGAUGAAAUCAGGUCACUGAAACAGAAAAAAAUUGAGGAAACUUCUGAACAAGAACAGGAAAUUAACAGCAAUGCUCAGAACCCCAGUGCAGAAGCAGGGAACCAGCAGGAUGGAAACGUGUUACCUUUGACCCUUGAAGAGAAGGAGAAUAAAGAGUAUCUCAAGUCAUUGUUUGAGAUUCUGAUUCUCAUGGGAAAGCAGAACAUACCCUUGGAUGGGCACGAGACAGAUGAGAUCCCAAAAGGCCUCUUUGCUCCAGAUAACUUUCAGGCGCUCCUGGAGUGCCGAAUCAACUCUGGAGAGGAGGUCCUUCGGAAGCGCUUCGAGACCACAGCGGUGAACACGUUAUUCUGCUCCAAAGCACAGCAGAGACAGAUGCUGGAGAUCUGUGAGAGCUGCAUUCGGGAGGAGACGCUCAGGGAAGUGAGAGACUCACACUUCUUUUCCAUCAUCACAGACGAUGUGGUGGACAUAGCAGGAGAAGAGCACUUGCCCGUGCUGGUGAGGUUUGUCGAUGAAGCUCAUAACCUGAGAGAAGAGUUUGUGGGCUUCCUGCCCUAUGAAGCUGAUGCAGAAAUUUUGGCUGUGAAAUUUCACACUACAAUAACUGAGAAAUGGGGAUUAAAUAUGGAGUAUUGUCGUGGUCAGGCUUACAUUGUGUCCAGUGGAUUUUCUUCCAAAAUGAAAGUUGUCGCUUCAAGACUUUUAGAAAAAUACCCCCAGGCAAUCUACACACUCUGCUCUUCCUGUGCCUUAAAUUCGUGGUUGGCAAAGUCUGUCCCUGUGAUAGGGGUAUCCGUGGCUUUAGGAACGAUUGAGGAAGUCUGUUCUUUUUUCCACCGAUCACCACAGCUGCUUUUAGAACUUGACAAUGUAAUUUCUGUUCUUUUUCAGAACAGUGAAGAGCGGGGUAAAGAGCUGAAGGAAAUCUGCCAUUCCCACUGGACAGGCAGGCAUGACGCCUUUGAAAUCUUAGUGGAUCUCCUCCAGGCGCUUGUCUUAUGUUUCGAUGGCAUAAAUAGCGACACAAACAUUAGGUGGAAUAACUCGAUAGCCGGACGAGCAUUCGUACUCUGUAGUGCAGUGACAGAUUUUGAUUUCAUUGUUACCAUUGUUGUUCUUAAAAAUGUGUUAUCUUUUACAAGGGCCUUUGGGAAGAAUCUCCAGGGACAAACUUCUGAUAUCUACUUUGCAGCCGGUAGCUUGACUGCAGUACUGCAUUCGCUUAAUGAAGUGAUGGAAAAUAUUGAAGUUUAUCAUGAGUUUUGGUUUGAGGAAGCCACAAAUUUAGCAACCAAACUUGACAUUCAAAUGAAACUCCCAGGGAAAUUCCGGAGGUCCCAGCAAGGUAACCUGGAACCUCAGCUAACCUCGGAGAAUUACUAUAAAGACACCCUCAGUGUUCCAACAGUGGAACACAUUAUUCAGGAACUUAAAGACAUAUUCUCUGAACAGCACCUCAAAGCUCUGAAAUGCCUAUCUUUGGUACCCUCAGUGAUGGGGCAGCUCAAAUUCAACACCUCAGAAGAGCUCCAUGCUGAAAUGUACAGAAGUGAUCUGCCCAAUCCUGACACGCUCGCAGCUGAGCUUCACUGUUGGAGAAUCAAGUGGAAACACAGAGGGAAAGAUAUUGACCUCCCAUCCACCAUUUAUGAAGCCCUCCAUCUUCCUGACAUCAAGUUUUUUCCCAAUGUCUAUGCCUUGCUGAAGGUCCUAUGUAUUCUCCCCGUGAUGAAAGUUGAGAAAGAGCGCUAUGAAAAUGGGCGAAAGCGACUCAAGGCAUAUUUGCGGAACACUUUGACAGACCAGAGGUCAAGUAAUUUGGCUUUGCUUAACAUAAAUUUCGAUAUAAAACAUGAUCUGGAUUUAAUGGUGGAUACAUACAUCAAACUCUAUACAAAUAAACCAGAGCUUCCUACAAAUAAUUCAGAAACCAUUGAAAAUACCUAAAAGAUUUUAAAAAUGUCUUAACGUUUGCUGUUUGGAAGAAAAGCCGUAAGGUAUAGUAGGCCAGUUAAUCACUGUAUACCUUGUGGCUAGACCUCCAGUUGAAUGCAUCAUUAGCUGUUGGUAAUCCACAUAGUUAAAUGGCCCCCAUUUGAACUCUCAUGCUUUCAGUAUCUGUCUGUUCUUGCAGAAGUUGGCAUUGGGAGUGCCAGAAUGCCUCCCUGCUAGUGGCACUCUGGAAUUGCUUUAGUUAGUCAUUUUAGAUAUAACUUUAUCAUUGUGGACCCAGUUGUCAGCUGUUGAGUUAUCAGGUCUUCGAAAAAUGAAUUUUAUGAAAGAUACUUUUAUAAUGUGUUACGAUGAAGUAUAUCAUUGACUUUUGACUUGUAGGAGUUAUGGGUGUUUAAAAUUUAUGGUAGCAGCACUUGAAAGGCAGAAGCAUGAGGAUCACAAGCUUUAGGCCAGCCUGG